AUGAACUAUCUCGAUUUUACCAAUGAUAUCAUCGGACUAGAUCAGCCGAAUACGUUGAAUCCGACAACAAUGCAGCCAUUACCACCACAAACACAGCCACAACCAUCAUCAUCGGCAGCGUCAAAUACAUCUACACUUAUUCGUCAACAACCAUCACAGCAACAAACAAAAGAUUUAUCUGAUUGGAGGAACAUUCAACUUGGAACAACAGCCACAUUUUUAGAUCCUUUCUGGCUACCACAAACACCCGCAACGUCAAUAUCAAAUCCUUGGGCAGCUCCAACUACUACGAUCUAUCCAUCGUCAUCUCACAAUCCCUAUCCAUGGGGACAUUCGAACACGAACGCACCAUGGAAAUUGCCGAUCGGACCACCACAAUCAUUUACUCACUUUAAUCAACACCAUCCAAUGAAUAACAAUGUAAAUCCCAGAAUAAAUCCAAUCAGACAUUAUGUGCCUGUUCCACCGAUUCCGUAUUCAUAUCCUACUUCAACUAUUCCACCGAAAGCUCCGUCUCGUGAGGCCGAGCUUAUGCUCAUACCCGAUGUUGAUAUCGAUGAAGUUCUGGGAGAAGUUGAAACGGUUAUUCCAGAUAUCGAUCUUGAUGCUGCACGUCGAACGAUCAAAUCAAUGAAUCGACUUCCGUCAACAAAUGACAUUGUCACAUAUUUUCUCGAUAAUGGCUACGUGAAAAAAGUGAAAAAACCUUUCUCAGCCAAUGCUCAACAUCAAUCUUCAUUAAAACGUACCAUCUCAGAUAUAAUCGAUGAUAUUCCGAAGUUUUUAUCUUCCUAUCCUGAUCCAGUUCAUUACUUUUUCGAUACUCAACGCAAACAAUCCGAAUCGUAUAUCAAUCACGCGAAAGCGUACCUUCUACGUGCAUUUCCAACGACAGACAAAACAGUUCUAGAGCAAGCUCUACAAGAAGAAAACUGGCAUUUCUUACCAACUGUCAGAAAACUUGAAACACGAGCAGGAAUUCGUACGAAUACGUUUUUACAGCGAAUGACAAUCAAAAGAUCGUUAGAUAUGAUUGAUUUAUCUGUCGAAGGUGUGGGUCGAACGCCGUCAAUAGCAUGGAUAAUCAAAAAUAAUAAAUUUGCUUAUCCAAUUCCACAUACACCAUGCGAGGAGUUUUACGAUGAACUUCGAUUUGCUAAAAACGAAAUCAAAAUUCGCCGAUAUCUCGGCAAAAUCUCCAAAGAGCACGAGAAACGCGUGAAAAAAGCGAAGAAAGGCAAUGAAACAUUAGAAUGUGAAAUAUGCUGCCAAGAAGAUUUAUUGAUCGACGAUAUGGUCGAAUGUACAGUUGGACAUCUUUAUUGUCGAAAUUGUGUUCGAACACAUAUCGAUGUUUGUUUUAAAGAAGGAAAAUGCCGAUUUGCUUGUGUGGAAAGUUCAUGUCCUGGUGAAUAUACAAUGCGACUCGUUGGCGAAUUAUUACCGCCGAAAGAUUUGAAGAGAUUAAAUCGAAGAAUUCAAGAGGAAAACAUUCGACAAGCGGAAAUCGAUGGUCUCGAAUGUUGUCCGUAUUGUCCAUAUGCAGUCAUCGUAGAUAAUCCAGAUGAUAAAGUCUUCCGCUGUCUAAAUCCUGAAUGUAUGAAAGAAACAUGCCGCUUAUGCAAAGAGCCUAGUCAUAUUCCAUUACGAUGUGAUGAAGUGGAAAAAGGUAUGGAACUUGAAAUGCGUAAGUUUAUCGAAGAACAUGUAACAGAAGCAAUGAUUCGCAAAUGUCCUCGAUGUACACAACGGUUUUACAAAGUUGAAGGUUGUAACAAAAUGACCUGUUCAUCAUGUGGACUAUUUAUAUGUUAUGUUUGUCGUGAAACAAUUAAUGGUUACGAUCAUUUUACAAAUAAUGAAAAAUGUACUUUAUCGAAUCAAAGCGAAAAAAUUCAUUAUGAAGAAACGAUACAAGCGUAUACGAAUGCAAAAAAUGAAUAUCUUCGAUUACAUCCGGAGGCUCAGGAUAUGAUUCUUCGCUAUGAUCCCAUUUCACAUUUAACAAAACUAUCAAUGGGUGCUGUUUGA